CAUUUGGACAAUAUUUAGUCUUUGAACGUAAGAAUCCCAACAUCACUUAGCAGCUCUGUACCUAGUUUAUAUCGCAAAGAAAAUAUAUUCCGAAUGAAAACUCUGCGCGAAGCCAGUUCGCAACUAACCCUUGUGGGGAGCAAACGCGUUUUGCGGAAAAUUCGUUUCCACCAAAUAUUAGUCGCGAGCAAGUCAGUCAUCAUGCAGUGAUAUUUAUCAAGUGCAUCACCAUUUUAGUGAUAAUUUACAUACGUUUGAUACAAUAACUGAACGGACAAACUGUGAUAACAAUGACGGAAGAGAAGAACGAAUCAGCGCCGUUCAUCAAGAAUGGAGUACCGGCCACGAUCACCAAGAAGGUGCUAAUUGAGAAAUGCAAGCCUGGGAAAGAAGGCCGAGGGAAAGCUCUGAAACAGGUCUUCGCCUCGUUUUUGGCUAAUUUGGGCACCAUCAACACAGGAAUGGCCUUCGGUUUCUCAGCCGUUGCCCUACCACAGCUGCAAAAUCCAAAUUCAACGCUGUUUAUCUCGGAAGACCAGGCCAGUUGGAUUGCAAGCUUGAGCUCAGCCGGCACCCCGAUCGGAUGUAUUCUAAGCGGCUACCUGAUGGACUUAAUUGGACGACGUCUCACUUUAAUACUCACUGAAAUACCUCUCAUUCUCGGAUGGAUUCUGAUUUCGACCUCUGUAAAUAUUCCCAUGAUGUAUAUAGGUAGGCUGCUGGUUGGCUUCGGUUCGGGUAUGGUCGGCGCCCCAGCCAGGGUGUACACGUGCGAGGUAUCACAACCACAUCUCAGAGGCAUGUUAGGAGCUCUGGCGUCUGUCGGAGUAUCAACAGGAGUUUUGAUAGUGUAUGUAAUAGGCAGUAUAACUUCAUGGAACAUACUGGCAGGCGUUUGCGCAUCAGUUCCUAUGAUGUCACUCCUGAGCAUGCUGUUUUUACCGGAGACGCCGAAUUUCCUUCUCCAGCAAGGUAGGAGAGAAAGGGCCGAGAGCUCAUUGGCUAAAUUGAGGGGUUCCACUUGUAAUCUACAAGAAGAGAUCGAUAAAAUGAUUGCAUUUAAAGAGAAGAACCAUGUUGAGCCACUGAAGUCAGCGAGAGAAGUAAUCAAAGCUUUAUGUUCGCCUUCUGCUCUAAAGCCGUUUACGAUCCUCGCCAUUUACUUCUUCGUGUAUCAAUGGUGUGGCAUCAACAGCAUUACGUCAUAUAGUGUUCACAUUUUCAAGGCGACGGGUAAUGAGGCGCACAAAAAUGCACUUACGAUUGCGUUGGGCGUUGUCCGAGUCGCCUUCACGAUUGUCGGGUGCAUUAUGUGCAGAAGAUAUGGACGGAGACCUCUCACUUUCGUCUCAGCCGCCGGCUGUGGGAUCACGAUGUUGAUCCUUGGAGUGUACUUGUAUUUCUUGGAAGGAUGGAAACAAAACAAUGUGACUCCAUCGUACACUUGGAUCCCAGUGGGCUGUAUCUACCUUUUCAUGGUCUUCUGCACUGUAGGAUACCUAAUCAUUCCCUGGGUUAUGAUUGGUGAAGUUUAUCCAACGCAGGUGCGCGGCAUCAUAGGCGGCAUGACCACGUGCGUGGCGCACAUGUCCGUGUUCUCGGUUGUGAAGACAUACCCGUUGCUGGCGAAGCUUAUUGGACAAUACGGAAUUUUCUCCUUGUAUGGUGCCAUGUCGCUUUUCGGCAUACUUUACUUCUAUUUCUUCUUACCGGAGACCAAAGGUAAAAACUUGCAAGACAUCGAAGACUACUUCAGCGGUAGAACGAAAACUCUCAACAAAAAGAAUAGCAUUCAGACUGCCGCGUGAUAAUGAUCCCGACAUCGAAAAUAGGCCUUAAAAGAUCAAUUAUUAGUCAUUCGCGGGUCUGUUAAUGUUUUAUUUGUUACUAGCUGACCCGGCAGACUUCGUAGUGCGUCGAUCGAUAAAUAAAAGAUCUAAACUGUUGUAUAAAAUAAACUUAAAACAAACAAAAGGAGUCCGUCCGACGGGGGACACAUCAAAGGAAAAACAAAAUUGUUUGUUUGUAUAUAAUUCCGAGCUUUUUUAUAUUUUCUCACCUUUUAAGCCUUCCCUGGACUUCCACGAAUAAUUCAAGACCAAAAUUAGCCAAAUCAGUCCAGCCGUUCUUGAGGUUUAGCGAGACUAACCAACAGCAAUUCAUUUUUAUUUAAAUAGAAGAUAGAUUGAAAAAAUGAUAAAGAAAUUUUCUGUUGUUUCGUGACAAAAAAAAAACUAUUUGUUUGUUUCCGCUGAAAAGAUACGAGACGGUAGAUGUCUAUAUUAUAUUACUUUGAAACUAUUCCGUGAUAUUAAAUUAAAUUGCCUUAACUAUUUCAUUUUAUUCAACUACAGUCGCGCAGUAAAUUUGUUUUCUUUUGGGAUAAGUAAAUUAAUUUAUCUGUAGUUGAAGCUUUUUCGGUUAAAAUAAGUGACUGAUAUACUAUAUAGCAUUCAAGUGUUUCACUUCUAGAAAAUUAGUUAAGUUCAAAUUUAAAUUAUUGAACUUUUUACACAUCUUACGAUCGGAUAAAGUUAUUUCAAAACCAAAAUUAAGUCAAGUCUAUGUUAAUCAAGUCAAAACUGAUCAAAGAUAAGGUCAUAAUAAUAAGGAAAUUUCCCCAAAAGAUCGUAGUUUCCUCUACCAGCGUCAAUCAACAAAAAUAACCAUGAUAUUUGAAUAGCCGUUAGUGGCCUUUUUCUUACAUAGAGUUUCUACACAGAUAAAAGAAGAGACAAACUUUUAAAUAAGCGUAUCGGAUUAAAAUAAAUAAUAAAAUCGACUAUUUUUUAAUUAUUUACAUAAAAACGUAUAUUAUAAUUCGCCUUAUUGAAAUGAAGUGCCUCGAUUAUAAUAUUAAUUGAUUUUAAUGAAUAUUCAAUUUGUGUAUUGAAAUUUAAUUACCUAGCUGAUAGCAAUGGUGACAAAUAAUAUAUGCCUUCUAAAAUUUCCAUUUGGAAUCUAUUUGUCCUCCAUAUUCCAGUGAUGUUGUGCCUCGUAUUCUGUCGUCAAAGAGGAAUGUCCAAAAAAAUAAAUUAAAAAAAGUCUCUUUUUCACACGGCAUCAGGAUACCAUUUGAAAAAACAAAAAUCCGUAAGCAUUCGCUCGGGGCGUCAUCUGGCAAUCUUCGUUAAGUGACGUCACACAAGUUUAUCCGGCUAAUAAAAAAAUAAAAAAAUAAAAAAGACGUCACACAAGCAAAGCACCGAAGUUGACACCGAGCACGUAUUUCUCCUUCAGUGUUCACCAGUGCUCAUUGGUAGUCUUUUAGAAUAAAAACAAAAUGAUAAUGAUAACUAAUCCAACUGUCAUUGCAACAAAAAAUACGUAAAUGUCAUUUCUUACUUAACAAAUAGUUUUAGUGUUUAUCUUAGCACCUAGAUAUCCCGUACGUGCCACGUGUUAUUUGAAAAAGUGAUUUACAAAUUAGUGAUUUAGUUAAAUAAUAUAAGAUUUUGUUUUUACAGUAGAUGUACCUUAUAUAUUUUUUGAAAAGUAUUACCGUGAUAGUGCGUAUUUAGUUUAGAGUAUAUUAUUUAAUGAUUAGACGUGCCAUUAAAUUGUUUACAAGCGAGAAUAAUAUAUUUUAAUAAAAAUAAAUAUGUAAUGAAAAGUCAGUUCUGUUUCCUAUAGUUGAAUUGCCAACUAUUUAUAGGUACUUUACAAUACUUGAGCAUCGAAUGCAUUUUGUUUUUUGUAUGUGUUUAUUUUAUCGAUUAUAAAAAAGCAUUUGUGAUAAUCACGUAUCAAAUACAUUGUUGUUGAAAACUGUUGUAAAUAUUAAAAUGAAUAAAAAAUACUUUAAUAAAAUUUA